AUGGAGGAAAAAUUAAUUGAAGCUGUAAAAAAACAUGAAGUUCUUUAUAAAAAAAGCUCGCUUCUUUAUAGAAAUAAAUUCAAAAGAGCAGCUGCUUGGAAAUCUAUUGCCGAGGAAUUAAAUGUGCCAGAGAACGUUUGCCAAUCUCGUUGGAAGACUCUGAGGGACCGAUUUGUUAAAAAAUGUGCUGAGAGCUAUCAUGCCUCUGGUAGUGCUGCAGAAUUCGAGGAAAACCAAUGGCCAUACCAACAGCAAAUGGAGUUUCUGCGCGAACAUAUAAAACCACGAAGAACAAUAACAAGCUUGACUUCAACGCAACCAAUUCGUGAGAAAAAUGCUGAUGAAAAAAGUGCAGAUGCAUCGUAUUUUACACUUUUGGAAGAAGACCGCUCACAAAGCAUUGAGAGCCUUGUAGAUACGUCAUUUUUAGAUGAGGAUCUGACUAAUUCACCACCAGUUAGCGUACCAACUUUGGAUACUGAAUCCAGCUCCUGUCCAGUUGAUGUGCCACAUAGCAGCCGAAAGAAGCCAAGACGGGAGAAUGAUAGCGAAGCCUUCAACGAAUUUUUGAAUAAAAUGACAAAAAUAGCAGAAACUCGGUUUGCCGUUCCAUCAUCUCAAAAAGAAAGUGGGCCGCAUGAAGGUUUUUUUUCUAUGGUGCGAGAAAUUUUCGAUUAUUUACCCAGUGAUGUCGUUAAAGAAGCCAAAUUUUUUUUCAUAAAUUAUUUGCGUGACCAAGUGGCAGCAAAUAAAAAAGACUGA